GUUUUGCUGCCUUGUCGCACAUGACGCAAACCAACGUGGCUUUUGCUUUUAACAAAAAAUCUCUACAUCUAUUCAUUGUAGUUACAUGUUAAUUAAAUAAAACACUUUAAUUUAAACACCGUCGUCAACGAAACAAUCCGUUUGACGUGAGAAUCAACGCGUUUUUCUCCCUUAGAUACGAACUGUACUCGGGGAAACAUGUUUAUUGAAGAUGAGGACUGGAAUGACGAACAAGACGCUAAUAUUCUGAGUGAAACUGUCCUCAGAAUCACCCAGAAGGCGAACAGCAGCGCAAAUGUCAAGCCCAAGGUUGUCGGGAAAAAGAGCCUCCUGCGGACGCUGCAGACGCUGGGAUCAGUACCAGAGUGGAAGAGCGACAACCAACAACAGGACAGCGACAGUGAGACAGAAGCAGCUCCAUCACAUGCCAAGAAAAGGAAAAAGAGGAGGAAGAAGAGAAAACAUGCAGAGAAAUCAGAGGAGCUGCAAGAAAAUGGAGGUGUGGAUCAGACUGUGGAGGAGGAGAAACCUGAACCAAAAAAGAGGAAGAAAGAGAACAAGUAUGGAGCAAAAAAAGAAAAAAUAACACCUGCAGGUGACGCAAAGAAUAAAGAAAUCCCAGAAUCUGCAUCGGUGAAAGUAAACCCACCACAGACUGCAGACAAACUGAACAGACAACAGUGGAAAAACAAAAUGAAGAACAAGAGGAAAUGUAAAAAUAAAUACCGCCUGAAAAAUCCUGAGGAGCAAGUAAAAAAAGAAAAGUCUGUCGAUAAACUGGCACAAAAAGAAGUUAAAACAGAAUCAUGUAGUAAUAAUAAGAGUAAAAAGUUGAGUCAGAGAGCAGUCCAGAAAAAGAAAAAGGGGAAAGAACAUAAACCACUGAAAAGGAAAGAAACUGGAGACGACACUGAUGUAUUUUCUGUCACAACUGAGGAAAAGCAGCUGAUUGAAAAAGAGAAACAAACUAUGAGUGGAAAAGUUGAAAAAAGUGCUUCUGCUGAGGGAUCAAAACAGAAAGCAGGUGAACCUGAGAUCACAGAUGAUGCUCAGCAGCUCCCAAUGAAAAAACUGAAACCUGAGCUGAGCAAAGAACAGAGUCUGAAGAGACAGAAGCUGCUGAAGCUGCUCCAGAGCCAGGAAACCAACCAGCAGCAGACUCCUGAAGAGCAGAAAAAUGAGCCGGCGGCACCAGAAGAGGAGGUGAAACCGGACCGAGCCGCCUCCUUCAGGUCCCGCAUGGACCAGCGGCUGGAAUCGGCUCGUUUCCGCUACAUCAAUGAGGUGAUGUACAGCACAUCAAGCGGCGAGGCAAAGAGGAUGUUCAAACAGGAUCCACAGGCCUUCUGGGUUUACCACAAAGGAUACACAGCACAGGUGCAGAGAUGGCCGACGAAUCCGGUGGACGCAAUCAUCUCCUACAUUCAGCAAAAGUCUUCGUCUCUCGUGGUUGCAGAUUUUGGCUGUGGUGACUGCAAAAUCGCUCGCAGUGUGAAGAACAAAGUGCACAGCUUUGACCUGGCAGCUGCCUGUGAGCUGGUUACAGUCUGUGACAUGUCCAAAGUGCCGCUCAAAGACGCCUCAGUGGACAUCGGAGUGUUUUGUCUUUCUCUCAUGGGGACCAACCUGGCUGACUUUUUAGCUGAGGCCAAUCGAGUCUUAAAAAUGGGUGCGGUCCUGAAAAUAGCAGAAGUGGCGAGUAGAUUCGACAAUGUCAGGAACUUCAUCACUGCUCUGGCAAAUCUUGGUUUUAAGAUGGUGUCCAAGGACACAGAAAACAGUCAUUUCUACUCCUUUGAAUUUGUGAAGACGGGAAACGCCCCAGAAAAUGUGAAGAGAUUUGGACUGCAGUUGCGGCCCUGUGUGUACAAGAAAAGAUGAAGAUGCUGCAGGACAUGUCAUUUCUGUUAUUCAUUCCAUCAGUGGACAGUUCCUGGCUUCUUGUACAGAUUUGUACAUGUAUCUUGUUCUUUUGAUGCAUUUUUGAAGCCUUUGUAAAUUUCUUAUUGUUCACAGAUUUUCAUACAGUUAAAUUAAGUGUAUUAUUCUAUAUGUACAUAAUUUCUUCAUGUGAUACAGAGCUCUGUGUGUGCCAGCAGCAUCCAGGUGCAGGCAGGUUUCCUCAGGUGAACCCUGUGAUGAGUUUGUCCUCUCUGGUUGGAGAUCAGUGGAAUAAGUCACUGUGUUGGCUGCAAAGUUAAAGAGGAAACCUGAAUAUACAACUGCAGCAUGCCUGCUAAUUUAGAGAGUUUACAAGAGAAGUCAUGUGGAAGUUGAUGGGGGAAAAAAACAUGAAAGUCUUGAAAAAAAUAUAUACAAUUUAAAAAAAUCUAUUCUGUGUGUAUUUUAAACCA